AGGUCGGCGGUCCGGCAGACGGCAGUGUACAAUCAGUACUCGACGCGAACAACACGUGCACAGACGGUCUAAGUAGAAAUUAUAUUUAAAAAACAAAUUCAAUACUUUUCAUUCGGUCGAUUUUCGAACAGUUUUUUUUUUUAAAAAAAAAAAACACCUAUUUUAUCCUCAACCGCCGCCGCCGCCGCCGCUUUCGACGUUCGUCCGGUUUCGAAGUCUUUGACAAUCUUUUCGUCCGGUUUUCAUAAUUGUCGUUGCGUUUUCGAUAUUUCUCACACGCAUAAAUGGCGCACAACAGUGGAGUGAAAAGAGACAUCCCCAUCAAGUUGGGCAACUUCAGCGUGAUCGACUCAGAGUUCAGCAACAUCCGCGAAAAGUUCGACGCGGAAAUGCGCAAGAUGGAAGACGAGAUGACCAAAUUCCGUUCCGAGCUCAUGAACAGAGAGUCAAACUUCUUCAAGACAACGUCCAAGACGUCGCACGUGGAAGAAAAGUCCUUCUCUCAAAACACCAUCACUUCUAACCACAGCGACUUGCCGUCCAGUCGGCUGACCAGCGCCGCUGCCCCCAGCGGUUGGGUCGAUAGCAUCAACUCGCCUUUGAUCCAGGAAGACGGUGACAGCAAAUGCUUGAAGCUCAGGUUCGAUGUCAGCCAAUACGAACCCGAAGAAAUCGUCGUCAAGACGGUCGACAACAAACUCCUGGUACACGCCAAACACGAGGAGAAAACCGAUUCGAAAUCCGUGUACAGGGAGUACAACCGCGAGUUCUUGCUUCCCAAGGGUACCAACCCAGAAGCCAUCAAGUCCAUGUUGAGCAAAGACGGCAUUUUGACAGUGGAGGCGCCUUUGCCCGCUCUCGGCGGACCCGACAAAUUGAUUCCAAUCUCGCACCAUUAAGCUGGUUUUGUUUUUUUUUUUUGUUUGUUUUUCCCCUUUUUACCACCUAGUGAACAAAACAUCUUAGAAAGCAUCAAAAUCCAUUUUUUUUUUUCAACCUAAUUCUAUUUAUUAAUAAUUCUUUUUUAAUUUUUAAUUACAAAAAAAAUCAUAUUGUUUAUAUAUUGUAUUACUCUACUUUUGUCUUUUCCCGUUAUUAAUAUAUUACUUUUUUUUUCUUUCUUUUAUAUAUAAUUUAUUUACUUUAAUGGUAUAUUAAAAAAAAAAUAAAAAAUACUCUUACUCGCGGCUUAAUAUUUAUUUAAUAGUAUUAUAUUCAGUGUCAUUACGCCUCGAGCUUUAAAUCAUAUAGUAUUAUAAAGGUAUAUAUUAAGAGCUACGGUAUACACAUUUCAAGCUGAAAAGUAAUUUACACUAGUUCCUACCGGUAUACAUGUAUUGAAAACGCGUUAAAGAUUAUAUAUUCUAAUAUAUUAUAUUUUAGUACAUAACGGAAAUAUAUUUUUGCAAAAGAAAACCGCACAGCACAGCUGCUGUCUACAUAAUAAUAUUGUAUUGUUAAAUUGUCAUUAACUAUUAUAAACAUAAAAAAAUAUCUGCAUUUUUCACA